GUUGAAAAAUCUAGAAAAAAACUACAAAACAGUGUUCAUGAUGAGACAGUCCUACUAGCGCCACAUGAGACAGUCCUCUACGAUUAGAAGAAAUGUACAACGGAGAAAGUUCCAGUCCUAAAUUGUGAUCCAUAUUUGAAAACCAAAGCUUCCUUUUAGAGAGAGAACAAGCGUGUUUUAGAGAGAGAGAGAGAGAAUGUUGGAAGGGAAAGGUGUAGUGAAGGAAACAGACAUGCCAAUGAAGAUGCAGAUUCAAGCCAUGGAUUCAGCUUCUGAAGCUCUUGAUCUCUAUGAUGUCUGUGACUGCAUCUCCAUUGCUUCCCACAUCAAAAAGGAAUUUGACAACAUAUAUGGAGGUGGAUGGCAAUGUGUGGUGGGUUCAAACUUUGGUUGUUUCUUCACUCAUUCACAUGGGACUUUCAUGUACUUUGCACUUGAAUCCCUCAAUGUUCUUAUCUUUAAGGCUGCCUCUGCUUGAAUCUUGAUUGUAUUGAUGAGAGAGAGAGAGAGAGAGAGAGAGAGAGAGAGAGAGAUGGAUUUUAAGGGGCAAUGACAUAGGCUUUGGUGGAUUUUCUUUGUAUGGUAGUCAAAUGUGGAUUGUUAGGAGUGUAAUGUAUCAAUAGGAGACUAGUAGGUAAAAUGUUUCUAUCUCCUCCUCAAUCAGUGAAGAAAUUUAGCAAGUUUAAAAUUCAAAUAUACCUCCUCAUGUACCAAAAUACUCAAGUUCAAGUGACAAAAAUGCCUUGUCUACUUUCGUUUUC